AUCGCCCGCAGCAGGGGGGUGGCCCACGGACGGGGAAGGAGGCUCGUGUCUAGUUUUCAGCAUCCCGCAGCGUGGCGACUCCGCUGGUGGCGGGAAGCGGCGCGCCCAGCUGAGGGCGUCCCCGGGGCGGGGCCUGGUCCCCAGCUGUGCAGCCUCUGCUCGGCGGGGAGGAACCCGCGGCGCCCAGAUGCGGCUGGGGUGGCGCAGGGCUCGGACCCCGGCUGAGAAGCGCACCCAGGGCCAGCGAGAAGCGCGGGGAGCAGGGCGGCGGGGAUAGGCGCACCCGGUUUCCUCCGGGCGUCCUGGAUCAGCGCCCCUCCGGAUCACGGUUCGUUUUGUCCGGCGAGUCCGUUUGGCUCUAACUUUUCCGGCGGGGCUGGCUGGGUUAGGGGACCGCGCUAGCCCAGAGUUUGGGAUGCUGCGCAGCAGCAGGCAAAAUGAAGGACCGGCUUGCAGAGCUUCUGGAGUUGUCCAGGAGCUAUGACCAGCAGUUCCCAGAUGGGGAUGAUGACUUUGACGCUCCUCACGAAGACAUCGUGUUCGAGACCGACCACAUCCUGGAGUCCUUGUACCGGGUCAUCCAAGACAUCCAGGAUGAAAACCAGCUGCUGAUGGUAGAUGUGAGGCGCCUGGGGAGGCAGAACGUCCGCUUCCUCACCUCCAUGCGGCGCCUCAGCAGCAUCAAGCGCGACACCAACUCCAUCGCCAAGGCCAUCAAGACCCGUGGUGAGGGUAUCCACCAGAAGCUGCGCUCCAUGAAGGAGCUGAGCGAGCAAGCGGAGACCAGGCACGGCGCACAGUCGGCGGUGGCUCGCAUCUCGCACGCGCACUACAGCGCUCUGGCCCGCGCCUUCCAGCAAACCAUGUACGAGUACAACCAGGCCGAGAUGAAACAGCGCGACAACUGCAAGAUCCGCAUCCAGCGGCAGCUGGAGAUCAUGGGCAAGGACGUGUCGGGCGAGCAGAUCGAGGACAUGUUCGAGCAGGGCAAGUGGGACGUGUUCUCCGAGAACCUGCUGGCCGACGUGAAGGGCGCUCGGGCGGCGCUCAACGAGAUCGAGAGCCGCCACCGCGAGCUGCUGCGCCUGGAGGGUCGCAUCCGGGACGUGCACGAGCUCUUCCUGCAGAUGGCUGUGCUGGUGGAAAAGCAGGAGGACACGCUAAACGUCAUCGAGCUCAAUGUGCAGAAGACCCUGGACUACACCGGCCAGGCCAAGGCGCAGGUGCGCAAGGCGGUGCAGUACAAGAAGAAGAACCCCUGCAGGACCAUCUGCUGCUUCUGCUGCCCCUGUGUCAACUAGCAGCUGCCUUGGGCCGCCACUGCCCGUGGCUGGGUGGGAAACAUGUCCAGGAAGCCACUCAAAGGCAUCCUGCACUGGGCCGAGGGAAAGGGUCCCAACGCCUUGCCGAGGAGUUCAGAGCGUAGAGAAAGGAAGUUGGGGUUGGGAUGCACUGGCCUACCAGCAUAGUUGUUAGCAUCCUAUGGUUGGUUGAUGUGGGCAGAUUACCACUGCAGUUGUGUGGCGUCAUUAUAGGAUACACAGCGCUCACAUCACAGGGAGGAGCUGACGUUGCUAAGAUCGGCGUUUUGAAGACUACGGUGAACAUACGCGCGUACUGUGAGCACAUUAUCAAAACUUGCCUUCGUUUAUCCUUUCUAGAAAGCUCCUUGGUGCUAUUCGACUUUGAGUGACAUUCGUUUGAGUAUUCUUUUCGAAUAACGCUGACCUUGGGUAAACGAUUUCAUUCACUUCUGAUUAUCUAUUUUUGUUGUGUGAGUCCUAUGUGGAAACAUUCCUUGGCUCACUUCCCCUCCUCCCUAAGCUGCACUGACCACUGUUUCCUUAUCACUUUUUUUUCCUUUUAUCACUUCCACCAGUAUAUAUAUAUAUAUAUAUAUAUAUAUAUAUAUAUAUGAACAAUUUUCCAAAUAUUUUUAAGCACCAGAUUGAACACGCAUUCAAGUUGAACUUUGUAUCAGUCAACAUUUUAUAUAUUUUCACAGACGACAUUUAUUUAAAACUUAUCUUUGUACUUCGUUUCCUACAAAUAUGUGUGUUAAUGUAAGUAAUAUUCAAUCACAUGUACAUAAUGUGCAAGUGGAGCAAACUGUGCUUUCGUAAAUUCUGUCUAUGAACAAGAACGUUUUCUGCGAGUGUCAGUAUUAGCUGAUUGUUCUGAGUGUAGCUCAUUCCUGUCUGCGCAGCUCAGUUUGGGUCAAACUUUAUUUUGAACAAGUGUGUGCUGUCAUUAGUGAAGAUAGGUGAAAAAGUUUGAAAACACAUGAAACAACUAGCAAUACUAAACUGUUCUUGGAAAUUUAUCUUACUGUGAACCAUUCCUUUCAUAUAUUAAAGCAGAGAGAUUUAAAGUGGAAUAAUCUUGUUUUUCAAAUAAGUCUAAUAAAUGUGACAUUAUAACUAUCUUUUUCUGUAUCCAUGUCUUGACCCACGGAGGCUAAAUUGUCUUUUUCAUUGCUGUUCAUAACUAUAAUAUCUGCAUGAAACUCUAAACAAAGGAUAAACUCAAGGAGUUUAGAACAGAAUGCCCGAGUACAGUUUUCACAGUCAUUUAGAAGAAUCAACUCUCAACUCCUACCCAUUCUUUAAUACACGAGUAAUUUUGGCUAAGAGUCCUGUAUCUUAAGUUCUUAAGAAGGAAGGGUUUUAAAAGAGAAGAAAGAGGAAUGGGAACUCUUUGGGGCCCUUUGAUCUUCUUGUGAGAGAGUAAGUGGCCCUGUGCAUAGGCUGCUCUUUACAGUUUGGCGGGAAACUGUAAAAACUGAGCACCGCCAGGCUCUCCUCACACUUUGCCCAGUUUAUUUGUCAACUCACUACUGGGAUGCUUCCCUUCCUUCAACUCACUACUGGGAUGCUUCCCUUCCUCGAAGGAAGAGGAGGAAGUUCCCACAGGGCCCCAUGUCCUAGUUUUUACUGUAGAGAAGAGAGAGUCUGUCUAUGGAAACUAGAUAUUUUCUGCAAGAAGAAACAGUUCAUGAAUUUAACUUACAGGAAGGAACUCUGGAAGAAAUUUUCUUUCUUCUUUUAGAACCAUUAUGAAAGUAAACAACUUUCUGUGCCUGCUAAUUUUCUUUUUUCAAGACAGAGCCUCACUAGAUAGCCCCAACUGACUUAGUACUCACUAUACAGGCCAGGCUGGUCUUAAACUCAGAGAUCUAUCCUCCUGCCUCUGCCUCCUGAGGGCUGAGUUUAAAGUCGUGUUCCAGCACACCAGGUUAGAACACUUCUUUCCUAAAUAAUCCUAACGAUUAUGUUUUCACAGUGGUGACUGUUCUAUCCUGUUUGUUUCUGCUCGGCUUUGCUAUUUUGUUCUGUUCUACUCUUCUAUUCCAUCCUAUUCUACUCUUUUCAUUUCUGCUCUAGGCCAUGCCAUGCUAUUCUGUCAUAUCCACAAAAAAUCAUUUCAACACAGUUUGGCAAAAGUUUUUUCCUGAUGCUUCCCAAGACCUGGAUCAUAAGCUCCAUGAGGAGUUCUGGAAAGUCAUCCAAGCUGGAGCACAGAUCUCAUAUCCUACCAUAACACCCCACAGCUCUUCCAAGAGGUAACAGUGAAAUGGCAGCUUUGGCCUUUGAAAAGGGUGUUCAGAGUCCCUGAGUGAUGAAGCACGGUUGGCUCCUCCUCCUUGAUAUUCACUUGACAGACCCUGAGAAGUGACAUUGGGCAAACUCCAAACACUAACGCCAUAUUGAGGGCAGCAUGAAAAAAUGGUCACAAAGAAAAUUCUAAAGAGCAGAAGAUGGGCCCAGAAGAUAAAUGCAUUUACCUCUGGGUUUGGUGACCUGAAUAACACCCCUGAAUCCUACAUGUUAGAAGGAGAGACCUGACUCUCACAGGUUGUCUACACACAAAAAUAAAUGAGCAAAUAAAUAAAUAGGCAUAAGUAAAUGAAUAAACAAGCAUAAACAUUUGUAGUUAAUAUAAGAGUUUGAAACAGUUGUAAUCAGAAUAACAAGCAGCCUUACUCCAAAUAACAGCAUUGAAAAUCACUGCAAUUAAUGCAGCAUGACUAUUAGAAACAGAGUGUGAGAAGCCAGGAGAAAGCCAUUUUCAUACCAUCUUGUCUUUAUUCCCAACACAUGUUAUGGAAUGGACAAUUAUCCUUAUACAGAAGAAACUCCUGCUUUAACAGUGUGUUCUCUUUAAUUUGUAACACUAUUUUAAGCUAUUAAUUUGUUUGUAGGUGUGCAAAGAGAGGUACCUUCAACAGAAGUCAUCAAACUGGAAAUAGAUGUCAGCAGCUGGAAAUUUUACCCUAUAUUUUUAAAAAUUAAUUUUCUAGUUAGCAUAUAAAAUAGUGCUUUUUAAGUUAAUGCACAUGAUAAUGGGAUUCAAUAUGGCAUUUUCACACAUGUCAUUUUAUUUUGUUCUUUCUCAUCCCUCUCACCUCACCGUCUUCUCACCUCCACCCAUCCUUUACACCUCUUGCUGGUCCCUUUCCUCCCCUCAAAUUAUAACACCCCCUACACUGCCUUUUGCUCUUAGGUUACAUGCAUUUUGUUACUCUGCUUUUCUUCCUUCCUCUUACCUCCAUUAAGAUCUCUUCCUCCAAGACAAUCCAAACAGUCCUGAUGAGACUUAACAAGCUAUGGGUGGAAAUAGUGGAGAACGCCCCCUUUCGGUGGACUAGGGGAAGGCGAUGAGGGAAGAAGGAAGAAGGGUGGGACUGGGGGGAAUUAAAGGAGGGGUCUUCAAUCCGGAUAUAUAAUAAAUAAAUUGUGAAAAAAUAAAAAUUAAAAAAAAAUUUAAAAAGAUGUCUUCCUCCUUUCUUUUAUUUAUUUAUGAAACAUACACACACACAUACACACACAAUGGAAUUAAGGGAUUUAAAUCUAGACUCUGAAUACAGAAGAAAGCAUGUAGUAUUUGUCUCUCUGAGUCUGGUUUAUUUGGGGGGUUGGUUCUUUUUAUUUUUGAGACAGGGUUUCUCUAUGUAACCUUGAAUGUCGUUAAACUCACUAUGUAGAUUGUGAAUUUAAGGCUGGACUUAAAAAAGAUUUGCCUAACCCUGGCUUCCAAGUUCUGGGAUUAAAGUGUGUCAUCAUGCCUGACUGGAGUCUGCCUUAUUCCAUUUAACAUACUGAUUUCUACUUUCACCCAUUUCCCUAAAAAUGUCAUGAUUUCUUCACAACUGAAUAAAAUCCC